AAUGGAUCUUUAAUAAAAUGAUUAAUAAGUGAAUCAAAAUAAUAUUCAAAGUGAACAAAAUGAAGCUUAAUAAUAAGACAAGUUAAAAUAAAUACAAAAGGAUAAAGAAAAAUGCUUAGAAAUAAAAAACAAAGCUGGAUUAUUGUUUAACGAAUAAAAUUUUGAAGAAGCUGCUAAGAUUUACAAUGAAGCCAUUGAUUAUUGUCCUUUAGAAGAUUUAAAUAUGUUAUGUAUCUUAAAUUCAAAUGUUGCUAUUUGUUUAAUGAAAUAAUCUGAUUUUGAAAGUGCCUUGGAACAUUGCUCUAAAGCACUUGAAUUCAAUCCUGAAUUUGUUAAGGCUUUAUUAAAUAGAGCAGAGUGUUAUGAAAAAACAGAUAAAUUUGAAGAGGCAUUAGAAGGUAUUGUUUAAAGAAUAUUCUAGAUUAUAAGAAAUUAAAGGAAUUAUAACCUUAAGAUAAUGUUAUAAUAAAAAAGUUCAUUGAUUUAGAUUUAAAAGUAUAAGAAAUACAAGAAAAAUAAUAUAAAGAAGCUUUGAAGGGAUUAAAAAAUAAUGGAAGUUCAUUAUUAGGAAAAUUAGGAUUGAAUGCAGAUCAAUUUAAAUUAGAACAGAAUGAAAAUGGAACAUAUAAUAUAUCAUAUAAAUCAUGACUC